AUGGCGCAAAAGAAAUAUCUCCAAGCAAAAUUGACCCAGUUUUUAAGGGAAGACAGAAUUCAACUUUGGAAACCUCCAUAUACAGAUGAAAAUAAAGAAGUUAAUUUGGCAUUGAAGGACCUCGCUAAGAAGUACUCCGACAAGCUAGAAUGUUGCGAAAAUGAAGUAGAAAAAGUCAUAGAAGAGAUUCGUCGCAAAGCAAUCGAGCGGGGCACAGGAAAUGAAAAUUACAAGACGACAGGGAUCGCUACAAUUGAGGUAUUUUUACCUCCACGACUAAGGAAAGAUAGGAAAACCCUGUUGGAGACCCGACUGCACAUCACUGGCAAAGAACUGAGGUCUAAAAUAGCUGAAACCUUUGGAUUUCAAGAAAAUUAUAUCAAAAUUGUCAUAAAUAAGAAACAACUUCAACUAGGCAAAUCGCUCGAGGAGCAGGGAGUGAAGCACAAUGUGAAGGCCAUGGUGCUGGAGCUGAAACAGUCCGAGGAGGACGCAAGGAAGAACUUCCAGGACGAAGAAGAAGAGCAGAAUGAAGCCAAGCAGAAGGAGAAGCGAAUUCAGAGGACCAAGAGAGGGCUGGAGAUACUGGCGGAGAGAGCUGAGAUGGUGGUGGAUCCGGAAACUACACCGUACCUGGAUAUCGCCAACCAGACGGGCAGAUCCAUCGAGAUCCCGUCGUCGGAAAGAAAAGCCCUUAUGUUAGCGAUGGGUUAUCACGAGAAGGGCAGAGCGUUCCUGAAGAGGAAAGAAUAUGGAAUAGCCUUGCCGUGUCUGCUGGACGCUGACAGAUAUUUCUGCGAGUGUUGCACAGAACUUCUGGAUACAGUGGAUAACUACGCGGUCCUCCAGCUGGAUAUAGUGUGGUGCUACUUCCGCUUGGAACAACUGGAAUGCCUUGACGACGCAGAAAAAAAAUUAAACUUGGCCCAGAAAUGCUUUAAGAAUUGUUAUGGAGAAAAUCAUCAGAGACUGGUCAACAUUAAAGGAAAUUGUGGGAAAGAGAAGGUAUUGUUUUUAAGACUUUACCUGCUUCAAGGUAUCCGAAAUUUUCACAGUGGGAAUGGUGAAGAGGCUUCUGAGUAUCUCAACAAGGCACGUCAGCUCUUUAAAGAGCUAUACAUCGAUCCAUCGAAAGUUCACAGUUUGUUGCAGUUGGGGUUUACCGCCCAGGAAGCCCGGCUUGGCCUCAGGGCCUGUGACGGGAACGUGGACCACGCAGCCACCCACAUCACCAGCCGCAGAGAGGAAUUGGCCCAAAUAAGGAAGGAGGAAAAAGAGAAGAAGAGACUCUGCCUGGAGAACGUAAAUGCCCUGAAGGGCAUGGGCUACUCCACGCACGCGGCCAGGCAGGCCCUGCAGCAGGCCCGCGGGAACCUGGACGAGGCCCUGCGGAUUCUUCUCAGCACCCCUCGGAUGUGGUUCAGUGAUUCCGACUCGGAAACCAGCAACCAUCAAGAAAGUCCUUCCCAGGAAAAUAUCGACCAACUGGUGUACAUGGGCUUCGACACGGCGGCCGCCAGGGCCGCCCUGCGGGUGUUCCGGGGGAACGUGCAGCUGGCCGCGCAGACCCUCGCGCACAACGGGGGAAGUCUCCCGCCCGGCCUGCAGCUCGCGGUGGAGGAGCCUCCGUCGACGCCCUCCACGUCCCCUUCCGACUCUGCAGGUACCUCUAGUGCCUCAACAGAUGAAGAUAUGGAGACAGAGGCCGUCAAUGAAAUACUGGAAGAUAUUCCAGAGCACGAAGAAGAUUAUCUCGACUCGACUCUGGAAGACGAAGAAAUUAUUAUUGCAGAGUACUUAUCCUACGUAGAAAAUAUAAAGUCAGCAUCAAAGAAAAACUAAAUAAUGAACAGAAAUAAGUACUAAGUUUCUGCUUAUAAAUUCUAUCGUUAUGAAAAGUGUAAUGCAGGUCUUCCUUUUUUUUCUUCUUUUCAUCUGAUUUUGCUCUGGAGUGCUUUCACCUUGGGUGUAGGAGGAGGGUGGGCAGGGGACAGGGACCUGGACGGUGAGAGGAGGAGACUGGGGGCGGGGGCGUGGGUGCUGGUCCUGACAGGUGAUCUGAGGACGGAGCCGCCUGCGGCCUGCUCUGCCAUCCCCGGCCGCCAGCCGGGUCUGCAGUGUGACGCCGCGCCCACUGGGUCCUUUCCCCGCAGAGUGAAAGGGACUGGGGAAUAGGGUGGCCCUGCGGAAGGGCUUGGGGUGGCGAGUUAACGGGGAGAGCGAGCUCCCAUCGGUCUCUCUUCUGCCCUCCUGGGCCCCCUGACGGGUGGGGGUGCCACUUCACUGCUGAUCUUUUCCUUCUUCCCAUGAUGCAGCUCUGCCUUCCUGCUUCCUCCUCGCUGUCCCGCCCCGAUUGUCCUUCAAAUCUUCAGUCAUUCCAGGUGCUUUGGGGGCAUAAAGGUGAGGCGGCGGCUCCAGUGGCCAUACCAAAUCGUGCCCGGACACUUUCAGCCCGAAACCAGUGUUUCAAGCUCUUAGUGUAGUUAAAUAUGCACUUGAAAUUCAGAAUUUAUAUGUAUUGAGAAUUCUUCACAAAAGUAAAAUCUUUUAUUAAAUCAGAAAGUUUUAAAUGCUAACAGAAGCAACUUAUUUUUAAUUAGCAUUUUCAGACUCUGCUAUCAUGUUAAACUCAACGCUGGCUAAGAUACCUACCAGAGAUCAAGGCAUAUUUUCUCCAGGUUUUGUGGGGUUUUUUUGGUACAUCUAUAUUACAGAAGACUAUUUCUAAAGAUACGUGUUUGGCCUCUUAAUUGGCCCGACUAACCAUUCUCGUCGCGCCGUGAAUGCCUCUGUAGUUGUCUAUUAAUCGAGAACUCAUCCCAGCACCAAGACACAGCUGGUGGCGUCGGGGACAGACUGACUCAAGUACCGGAUGUGUUCCCAGGACUCUUCCUGCCGUCCCGGAAGUCGCUGGACAUUCCUAUGACAGGGCAGAUGGCUCACUGCCGUGUCCCGUCGGGGCUGGCUGAAAUGCUUUGACUUUUUCACUUACUGUUUUCAUGACGCUUGGACAGCAGUCCAAUUGGAAUGGGUGGAAAUGUGAUUCUUUUAAAAUGGAUGAUUCAGAAAGAAAUAAAAGGUAGAAAAUAUA